AUGUUGAACCCGAUUCGACUGUUAGCAUUGACCUUUUUUGCUGACCCUUCUUUUAAUCAAAAGGUUAAAGAUGGCUCUGUGACCUCACUACCGUCAAUCGGUGGUAUACCCGGAAUUUCCGGUCAACCUUCGCUUCCUGCCAAUUUCAUUUCUGAAGGGCUAUCUGAGCCCGGUACUUGGCCCUCUCUCCCGAGCUUCGAUAUCCCACCUUCUAUUUUCUCUUGGGUUGGUGACAAUCACCAGUACCCACAGACUCCUGCCAAGGACCCAUUUUACGACCCCCCACUCUCGACAUACCAAAACCUCAAGAAUGGCGACGUUAUAGCGAUUCGCCCAGUAGGUUUGAAGGCUUUAUUCCCUGAGCUAUCAAGAGCUUAUCAGAUUUCCUACCGUUCAGAAUCGGCCACUGGCAAUCCUACCGUGGAUGUAACAACAGUGUUGAUUCCUAAGAACUACGACGGGAAGCACGUUGUCUCUUGGCAAGACUGGGAAGACUCAAACAACUUGAAGUGUGCUCCAUCAUACCUGUUUGAAGCAGGUAUUCGUGAUCCCACAGUGGAUUUGAUGAUGCUGCAGGGUUGGGCUUUGAAUGUACCCGAUCAUGAAGGUUUAAACUCUGCUUUUGCUGCUGGAUAUAAAUCUGGUAAGGCUACUCUCGACUCAAUUCGUGCUUUGAAGAACGCUGCUUCUCAAAUCAACUUGAGCUACGAAGAAGUUGGUCUGUACGGUUAUUCGGGCGGUUCUAUUGCAACUGGCUUCGCUAUCGAACUUCAGCCUUCCUAUGCCCCAGACGUUCAGAUCAAGGCUGCAUCCAUGGGGGGUGUUGUAGCAAGUCUGAAUGCUACCUUUUAUACUAUCAACAAGAGUCUGUUCGCUGGAUUCGCCUUUGCUGGUCUCUAUGGCCUUGCUACCGAAUAUGGUUUCUACGAAACUUUAGAGGCGAACAUCAAAGCUGACUCGAGAAAUCGAGCAAACGAGGUUCUUGAUCAUUGCCUCAUCUGGGAUAUUCUAAACUAUGUUGGUGAAGACGUUUUCGAUUACACUACCUUAGGUCCUCAGGCAGUGAAUGUCCCUGCUAUCAAGGACACCCUCGAAAGAGAGCAUAUGGGGUUCGCGGUUCCUAAGGUUCCUAUUUUUAUCCAUCAAGGUGCAAGCGACGAAAUCGCUCCUGUUGGAAAAGUCGACGAUCUCGUGAACUUUUACUGCCAGAAUGGCGUUGAUGUCAUCUAUGAGCGCGACAACGGAGUUGGUCACAUUAUUGAAAUGGUUGUGGGUGUUGCGAACGUUAUUCAGUACUUCCAAAAGGUAUUCAAUGACAACUACGUUCCUCCUAGCUGCUCCAAUUACCAGCAAGCUGUUAGCAACAAUAAUUUGAACCAAGCUUCUCCUAGCGACAAACAGGCACUCAACCGCGCUAUUCUCGGUGACUACUCUGGAUAUGGCCUGCAGAGAGCUCCGCUGUUUUAA